CUGCAAUUCACUAUUCUCCAUUUCUGACGUUAGCGCGCAUAGUAAAACUACACACGAAAGUCAAAAUUCAGAAAUAGAUAACAAUUCAUAUCAAAUUCAAAUCAAAUUCAAAUCCCCAUCAUACAAAACCGCAUAAAUUCUUAUCAAAAGGUCAAAACGCGUCGAUUUCCAGGUUUGUUUUGGUUUCUUCGCCGUUGUUUACAAAUUCUGUUUGAAAACGUGUGCGGAACGUGCGUCGAAAAUAAAUCAUGUCCGUUAUUGACUUGACCAAGUCCGAUUCGGAUGUCACGCUCCAUCCCUACAAGAAACCCCGACGCGAUUCCGACGUGAGCGUAAAAAACGGUAUCUACAACUUAAAACUCGAAACCCCGGAAAAUUUCGAAGAUCAAUACGUGGACGAUGAAGCCAUGGACAGACUGUAUGCGCCCUUCCCGAAUAAAAUCCACAAAUCGCAUUCGAUGAUCACAAUCAAACCCAGCGAGACAUUAAACGCAGUAUCAUCCGAAGAAUUGAUGCAUCAAAGCAGCCAUUCGCUGAAUUCAAAUUUCGAAUACACAUGUUUAUACAACGUGCCACCCGGCAGAGCUGCAGCUAUACAGUAUGUCCAGGCGAUGCAAACAUCCGAAAGUGCAAUCAAUCUCAAACGCAGCUAUCCAUUCACCACAGUCGAUAAAAACAUAAAAGUUUGUAUACAACCCGAAGAUAUCAGUGACAUGCGCAGUGAUGACGUCGAUGACACUGAUCAAUUUUUGACAGAAGAUCUCGUUAUACAAAUUCAACGUGAACGCAACACAAAUCACUUGAAUGAACUGGAAGCAUCCGUUUUCGAUAUGGAUAUUAAUUCCUUCAUGGAAUUAUAUGAUUUUGGUCCUUUGGAGCAAGAUUAACCAAGAAAUUAAUUUAAAUCUAUGAGAAUAAAUAUUUUUGUUACUGUUUUCGAAAACGAAUCAAAGAAUAAAUUACAAAUGUUAACUUUA